AUGGGUUCCUCCAGUUUAUUGGGAAUCAUGGCCAUACUUCUCAUUGUGCUGUUUCCCAUGGCUGCCAAAGGGGAUAAUAAUAUUACUGAUUAUUUCCUUGAUAAGGUUUGUGAAGAAGUGGAAUGUGGGAAAGGAAGCUGCGUAGUAAACACAAGUUACCCAUUAAAUUUCAUCUGUGAAUGCGAAUCUGGCUGGAAGAGAACCCAAGAUGAGGAUGAUAAAUAUGCCACUAGCUUUCUUCCAUGUGUCAUUCCUCAAUGUAGCUUGAACUAUGGUUGUCAACCAGCACCACCACCAGUUCCAGAGAAGAGUUUUCCGCACAACUUAUCAGCUUUUAAUCCUUGCUAUUGGGCGUAUUGUGGGGAAGGAAAAUGCACGAAGAACAGGACACAUACACACAGAUGUGAAUGCAGCCCCAAUUACUUUAAUCUUCUCAACAUCUCCGUUUUUCCUUGUUACAGUGAAUGUACUCUUGGAUCUGAUUGUUCAAAGCUUGGAAUAAAAGUUGCAAAUUCAUCCUCUGGUAGUAGCAGUCAAGAUAGAUCAGCCUCAAUGUUCGGAGGAAGGUUCCAUUGGAUGAUUAUGUUGUUGAUGUCCACGGGUAUGGUUAUGUGGACCUAA